AUUUUGGUAAAACGUCAAUUGAAGACGGUGAAUAAAAUUAAAAUUUAUAAUCGAUGUACCGUAUUGAUUCGUACGGUAUAGAAGCUCCGUUAUUUGGCCUGAACCGGGUUCAGAUUGGGAUGCAAAUGUAACUGGGAACAAAGAGAAGAAAUGGGAUAAAUACGGUUUACGUAAUUUAAAAAGGAUAGAUAUAUUUAAAGCGCUCCAGCAGAGAAAGGAAGGUACACGAAUGCACCGAACAGAGAUAAUAGCAUACGGAAUAUCCAAGUCGGAGAAGGACGGCUGAACGGUGCGAGGUGGUGGGGGUGAACCACAUGGUUCCCAACAUCAGCUUCGCUGUAGGCAAACAUCGCAAUUUUCACGAACCAUUAGUGCAAAAACGUAGUUGAAUCCUACGCAGUCCUAAGGAUUGCGACGAUACUAUUACGCGUUUAGGGCUUGACGUGAGCUUCAAUUGCGCAGCGAUUAUCGCAGAGCCUACUGUCGCAGUGUGGACGGGGACAAACUCUCGUGUGUUAGGAAUAAAAUAGAAUAGAAUACGGAGAAAAUUUCUACCGAAUAGAUCGAAGGUAGAACACAACAAAGUGGGGGUGUGUGCCUGACUGUCGCAAAAUUUCGUUGUCACGCGCUAAAAAUAAUACGGAGACGAAUUUUUAACAGUGCCAUGCUGGUUAAAAACAAUAACCAUUAAAUUGUUUAGGAGGUUUUUUUUCAUCAAGUCAUGGAGAAAUUAACUAAUAUCGCGUAUUAUUUUCGUUGGAGGCUUCGGGAGAAGGAAAAUGUCCCCGAAAAAUACGACGAAAGUUCGUCCGAAAAUAAUCCUCCCGGAGACGUAAAGUACAACUUUAAAACGUCCAACAGAUUUCUAACGAUUCUGGAAAGCAUUUUGCUAUGGGAGAAUUCGGUCAACAGUAUCUCUGUCGUCAUUGUCUUCAAUUUAUUGUUCUGGGGAAUCGUCGUAUUGGAGGUCCGCGGUUUUGCGGCAGCCAGCAGUGCUGCGCUAGUCGUGGUCCUCUGCUACAGCACCCUUGAGACACAGGCCCAAAAGGACAAUAAAUCACCAACUGCAGCGACCCCACAUGUCAAGUCAGAGCAGCUGAACAAAAUAGUUCGUCAGCUCAAGUCUGGUGUUGACAACCUCAAGCAAUUGCGCAAAGAACAGCCAGGAGUGUUCUGCGCUUCUACUUGUGCAGUUUCACUGGGUCUCUGGCUGACAGGACGAGCAAUUUCUGGGACACUUUUAGCUUACACGAUUUUAAUGAGUAUAUUAGUAGGACCUGGAAUUCUUUUGCAUAUACCGUGCAAAAUUAUGACGUCUAAAGAAUGGGACAGCGAAAUAGAAGAGUUUCUGCCUGCAGUUACGGAAGAUAACUUACAAGUGUUAAAGCGAGCAGGGGAAAGUGGGGAUCACAGUCUUACACCGACUAGUUUGUCAGUGGAAAAUCAAAUUGAUCCUCUUAAUGACGAAGAAUUGGUUGGUCUAAGAAUGCCUUCCCAUGAAGACGGUAGCACAGAUGGUUUGGAACUGUCCGAAUUGGAAUUAAGUACCGACGAUGUUGAAGUUGAUGGGAUUAAGUUCCAAAGUGGUCAUUUCGAAAGAGGAUCAUCAUCUGAGGAAGAAGCCGAACUUGAGCCACAGAAAAUUUCUCAACAUAGCGACGACAGCGACAGCGAAUUUGAAAUAAUUGACACUCAUGAAGUUGUAAAUGUCAAGAACGUUUAGAGGUUUGACAUAAAUUUCGUGUAAUAUAUAAUAAUUGAUAAUA